CCGACCUGACGUCCUGGCUGGUGUAGCCACGGGACACUUUAUUAUCCUACAAGUGGCACCGCGCAGCCCAGAGCGCAGGUAGUUUUCCAGUUCAUUCCGGCUGUCAUUAAACGGCAGCAGUGCUAGUAAAGUUAGACAAGGGCUAACAAGGAAAGAUCUGCAUAUAAGCCAAGAGCAGUCAACCUACAAUUAAGGUUCAGCGGACUCCCCACACCUCAUGAAAACAAUCGUUGUCCAGGUCAUAGUUGGAUUGUCGAAGAUGCCCAAGGAACCCCAUCAACCGUCCAAAGAGGAGAAUGAGAAGGUGGACGAUAAAGGUCCAGAAGGUUCUGCAAGCCAGUCCGAUUCCUCAGAGGAGAUGUUGCGAAAAAGAAUCAGGAAGAACACGCCAAGCCCUCACAGACGUACCCCACAGUCCAGCCCACCCAAGUUUGUGUCUGUGGAGGAGAUGAUGGAGACUGCUAAAGGAGUGACUAAGAUGGCGCUGGCUCAUGAGAUUGUAGUAAAUGGCAGCUUCCAAGUCAAAGCCCCGGAGCCUGCUGAAGGAAGUCUGGAGAAACGGGUUAAGGAGAUAAUGCACAAGGUGUUCUGGGAUUCGCUUGAGUCGCAGCUCAAUGAUGACCCGCCAGUCUAUGACCAUGCGAUAAAACUUGUGGGGGAAAUUAAGGAGACCCUGCUGUCGUUCCUGAUGCCGGGGCAGACGCGGCUGCAAGGGCAGAUUGAGGAAGCACUGGACCUCUCCCUCAUCCAGCAGCAGGCUGAGAAUGGAGCCUUGGACAUUGGCAAGGUGGCCCAGUUCAUCAUCAGCACGAUGGGGGCCUUCUGUGCCCCGUGCAGGGACGAAGACGUCCGCAAGCUACAGGACAUCGCUGAUGUCGUGCCCCUCUUUAGGGCUAUAUUUGCAGUGUUGGACAAGAUGAAGAUUGACAUGGCCAACUUUGCUGUCAGCAGUCUCCGUCCACACCUGCUUCAGCAGUCAGUGGAGUACGAGAGGAACAAGUUUCAGGAGUUCCUCGACAAACAGCCCAAUGCUUUGGACUUCACUCAGAAAUGGCUCCAAGAUACUGCAGACACCAUGCUCAGAGAGCCUGCAGGCGGCGCUUCAGGUGCUUCCAGCUCUAACCCUCAGCUGCUGCUCAGCCUGCAUAACCAGGCCUAUUUACAGCUCCUCUGCUGGGACCAGAGCGUGGACACCUUCCCCGAGACAGUACUGAUGGACCGGGCUAGGUUCCAGGAGCUGCAGCUGGAGCUGGAGAGGCUGACAUGGGUGGCGUCCGUGUUGCUCAUCGUGUAUAACUGUGCGGGGGAGGCCAUCUCCGGCCUGCCAGGCCUCGUCGACAGCCUGAAGGGCACCAUCAGUGUCCUGCUGGCUGACAUGCACACGCCAUCGUUCAGAGCAGAUGAGGCCUUUGCAGCCGUCGGUGAGAAGCUGUGUUUGGAGCUAGGGGCAUGCCUGUCUCAGCACGGAUUCUCACCCUUCCACCCAAAUAGGCAGAGCGCUCUGAAAGGCCAAAUCACAGCCGUCAAAUCCCAAGACAACCCCAUCCGUAAACUCAUCGACUCUCGGAUCCAGGCAUAUCUCCUGGGCUUCCUGGAGUCCAGCCCACACAAGAGCAACCCCGCGCUCCCGGGAGGCCUGGCCCCGAUCGGGAAAGAGCUGGAGGAGAUUGGAGUCCGACUGAGCCACCUUGUGAACUUCAACAAGCUGGUCUAUGCCCCGUUCUACCAGAAGCUCCUACAAGAUAUCCUUCAGCCAGGGGGAAGCUCAGACACUUAAUCCGGCCUCCCGAACCAGUCUACCAUAGGGUCACAUGAACAACCGAGUUAAUGGAAUUGAUUAUUAUUUCCCCAAAGCUCACCUGCUGUCAACACCACCAAGGGAUAUUAUGUCACAGAUUAAAAAUGUACGACCUCUUCUCCUGCAUUUGAUAUCAGGGAUAUUUAGUAACACAGUCAGACGGAGUUCAGGCCAAGAUUGGGUCAGUUGAGAAUAAUGAAUUGGUACUGGAGAUGAACCUCAUGGACAAACCCUUUUUUCUGUUUUUUAACUAGGUAUUAUACUGGGCCCUCUUGAGUUGCAAAUGAAGGUGCAGGGGGAUUGUGUGUUUUAUGUUGCAAGGACAUUAGGAGAGCAUAAUAAAUCAUUUCUUGGCAUUAAGUGACUCACUGACUGACAGCUGCUUUCCACAUGACAGGCUUCCCCUGUCCCAGGCCAACAUAUAGCAUCGUAUAGAAAUGCUACGGACAUAUCGGUGGUGGUAAAAACAGCCACGUGCCAUUUGGAGUGCUUUUCUAACCUCCACACCUUUGAUGUUAAACUAAUGUACCUGUGAAUGAUACACAUUGAUGGUCCCUUUAAAAACAACAAAAAUGGCACCACCCCACCAACCAACCAAUCAAACUGACAACUUUGACUUCACAACAUUUUGGCUGAAGUACCAUGGUUCUUAAUCAGUUCUUAAGUUCUGACUCCAGCCCUGGUUUCAGUAGAUGAUCAGUCAGCAUUAGUGAGCCACUCAAUCUGUGUAAUAUUGUUAAAUCAGCAAGGGUUAGUUAGGAAGUGAAGGUAGACUGAAUUUGACUGGUGCCUUACUUUGUGGAGUGUUGGUCUUGGUUAAACGCACUCUAGUCUCUUCCCAGUGUAGGCUGAGUUGGUUUUAUUUGUGCUGUUUCCAGAAAGAACACUUAGCAUAAUGUUUUUUAAAUGGCUUCUUUUUAAAAUGUAAUGUUUUUAUCAAUGCCAUGCAUGUUUUACAAAAGGUAACUUUCACAUUGUUAGCAAUGUCUGUUUGUGUCUCUCACUGUUACACUGCAGUGUUUAGAAAGGGGUGAAAAUUAAAAAACAAUUUAUCAGUAACCAAAAUGAAAGAUGUUUCAAUAAACAAUGACAAUAGACUUUGAUUCACACAUCAUUCAGUCAUGUGAAUUGUUGGUCUUGUCAUCAUAUUUUUCAUUUACAAAAUGUAUUGAUGAAAGGGCCAAGCUUUGAAAGAUAACGAAGCAAAAUUUUACCUGUAUGUUAACUAUUUCAGUAGCGCUAUCUAUUUAGCACAUUUACGCAUCCAGAAAAGUCCAAACUGACAACAGACACCGAGCUUCUGUUCGUGGCUACAUACUGUAUGGACAAUGUUACAUAUUAUCAUUAUGUGCUAUUUUGUUGUGUGUCUCAAAUUCACAUCUUUAACCUGACAGCUUUCCUGAAUAAAGAGGACUGCAAGCAAA